GGGCCGCGCCCCGGGCGAAGCACCGCCCUGCGGAGGGAGCGCUUCCGCUGCCGGCGCGGGCAGCGGCGCUUCCGGCGGGUGACCCUGGCGAGUCCUUCUGUGCGGCGGCGGCGGCGCGAUGGGGCAGCGCGGCGAGCCCGAGGAGGAAGAGGAAGAGCUCGUGGACCCCCUGACCACGCUGCGGGAGCAGUGCGAGCAGAUUGAGAAAUGCGUGAAGGCGCGGGAGCGGCUGGAGCUGUGUAACGAGCGGGUGUCGUCCCGCUCCGAGACGGAGGAGCAGUGCACUGAGGAGCUCUUCGACUUCCUGCACGCCAGGGACCACUGUGUUGCUCACAAGCUUUUCAGUAAGCUGAAGUGAAGGGGGGCAUGGUUGUCCAUCUGCUUCCACAGCCGGUGCCAGUGGUUCCUGGAUCACAGUUCUGCUUCCUGCAGUCCAUCCUCCGUGCUGAGCAUGAACGAAACGGCUUCCUGGCAGCCUGUCACUGCCUCUGUGCUCCUGGAAGAUGUGCAGCUGUGCAAAAAAAAACCACCAACGUGUUGAUGUUCUGUAAUUUUCCAUAUUAAACACUGAGAGUUCCUGUGGAA